UGUGUUUUUAAAAAAUCUGAUCGCUGGAAGUAAAUUAAACGUUGGAUUAAAAGGAAACUGCUUUUUUAAAACAAUAUUUCCAAGACCCAGUAAUAAAGACGGUUCAGGUGAAUGUAAGAAGAUGGUAUUGAAAGAGAUUCCAACAGACAAUAUCACUCGCCCUUUGGGCCGGAACGAGGUCAUAGGUUUACUCUUUCGCCUCACAAUAUUUGGUGCUGUCACCUAUUUUACAAUAAAGUGGAUGGUGGAUGCUAUUGAUCCAACAAGAAAACAGAAAGUUGAGGCACAAAAACAGGCAGAGAAACUCAUGCGACAGAUUGGAGUGCAGAAUGUGAAGCUUUCUGAAUAUGAGAUGAGCAUUGCAGCUCAUCUUGUGGAUCCACUGACUAUGCAGAUUACAUGGCAUGACAUUGCAGGUCUGGAUGAAGUCAUAACUGAACUGAAAGACACGGUUAUACUUCCGAUCCAGAAGAGACAUCUGUUUGAAGGAUCCAGGCUUCUUCAGCCACCCAAAGGUGUGUUGCUGUAUGGGCCUCCAGGCUGUGGGAAAACUCUUAUAGCCAAAGCUACUGCCAAAGAUGCUGGAUUCCGCUUCAUUAACCUGCAGCCUUCCACUCUCACUGACAAAUGGUACGGAGAAUCCCAGAAACUAGCUGCAGCUGUCUUUUCGCUGGCCAUCAAGCUACAGCCCUCUAUUAUCUUCAUCGAUGAGAUCGAUUCCUUUUUGAGGAGUCGCUCAAGUUCAGAUCAUGAGGCCACCGCUAUGAUGAAGGCUCAGUUCAUGAGCUUAUGGGACGGACUGGAUACUGACUACAACUGCCAGGUCAUAAUAAUGGGAGCCACCAAUCGGCCACAAGAUCUUGAUUCUGCUAUACUCCGAAGGAUGCCCACAAGAUUCCACGUCAAUCAGCCUAAUGUCAAGCAGAGGAAAGACAUAUUGAAACUGAUCCUGGAGAAUGAGAAUGUGGAGUCUGCUGUGGACUUUGGUGAAAUUGCAAAACAGACCGACGGGUUCUCAGGAAGUGACCUCAGAGAGAUGUGCCGAGACGCUGCUCUGCUUUGUGUGCGUGACUUUGUGCAUCAAGAAAGUCCAGAUGAAGACUUCAUCCGUCCCAUCAGGCAGGAAGACUUGCAGAGGGCAAUUGGGAAGAUGAGGAAGUCCAAAUCUGCAGGAGUGCAAGAGGCGUUUAUGCAUGUACCACUGGACUGAAAUGUGAUGCUGCUGUUUUAAAAGAACAAGAACCUAGAUUUGGUCUGUUUUUCUUAUUUGUGGCAUAUCGUCAUGUUUUGCAAGAGGGGGAACUCAGGAUUUAUAAAUGGUGGAAUGGAGUUUUUUUUCUCUAAUCAUGUUUUUUUUUUUUUUUUGCACUGUAAUUUCCAUACUGUAUUUGCCACUCAAUCAAUUAGCCUUAUUUUUAAAAAAUCAUGCGUACAACCAUUCUUAAGUAAAUUGUCGCUUAAAUGGGACCGUUUAUGAAAGAAUGAACGAUUUACCUGAAAUUAAUUUUGUUUGUGUUCAAGAAUAAGGCCCAUUGUGUUUGUCUUCAUAGGUUUGGUUUGUGUGGUUUUGCUUGUUCUAUAAAACCCUGUGAGAGGUUUGUGAAGAUGGGAAACAGUGUAGUUACUAUUUUCAGUUAUGUAUAAGGCACGUACUUUCCCCAGCAAUAAUUAUUUUUUACAAUCCCAACAAUAUGUAACAAUUCAGCUGAUUUGUGAGCACAAAAAACAAAGUGUGUUCAUUAACACAGUUUUAACUCAGAACAACUUGUUUCCCCCAGCGAGUGAAUGAUUUGAUUGAGGUGCAUUUACAGAUUUAUAAGCCAUUUAUAUUGAAUAAAAUGUUUAAGCGUUUAAUUUAGCCCAGAGUAGAGGUUAUGUGAUGACCUGUUGUAUUGAUAUUUAUUUGCAAAACGUUUAAUAUGCUUGCACAAAAUAUUUGGGUCCAGUGCCAAGCCGCUGCAUGUACUCAUCUGUCAGGUGUUAUUUUUUUGGUUCGAGUGGGCAAAGGAGACUUGAAAAUGGAAAGAAAAAUUAUUUUGGAGAAACCUGUCUAUGGAUUGCCAGCAAUACAAUGAACAAUUGUAUGCAAGAAUUUUUCAGUUACUAGUUUUCCUAGUUUACAAUAGUCCACUGCUCUCUUCAGUCUAAAUGUGCUUAGAAGUCAGAAUAUAUUUGAAAUGUUUUGUUUACACUGUAGAAAAAUUGGAUGGCAAUGGUUUUGUCUUAAUUAAGUUUAUUGGAAUGACUGCCCGAUGCACAUUACAUCAAAUAUUGUAAGAAAUGACAGUGUAAAUCUCACAAGUUCGUACAAAAAGUAGAACGAAGUAAAUACAUUUCCUGUAAGAUAAUAAAUAUGUUUAGGUUGGUCCGCUGAGAAAAUGGAAAGACAAUGAAUAUGCUCUUGUUCCUUCACAUUGGAUUCCUCAAGAGUUUCAUGUUUAUGCAUUCAGCACAAAUCUUUCACAUUCAUACAUCGCUCUUUACAGUAACUCUGAAUGUAAAAAUAAUGCACAUUUACAUUAAGGCACAUGGACGUACACUGCAAGACAAUAUUGUUUUAAUGUCAAAGACAUCUGACUGUGGUUAUACUCUGCUGCCAGUACUGAACAUUUAUAAAUUCUUAUAAAGAAUGUUAUAGAAUUAAUCUGCCUCUUCAAUGAGUACAAGAUGUUCUCCACUGGUGGAAAUACUGCCAAGACAAACACUUAUCCAAAUAAAGCUCCAGUUGAGGUAGGUGAAAUAUUGGUCCUAUUACCGUCAGGUAUACUUCGAACUGCUCGAUCAGACUAAGUCUAUAACACACCUGAUGCAGCAGUAGCUGUGUAGUUUGAUCCAUCCACAGGGUGAUUUCAGGGAACAAAAUAUACUGUAUUUUAAAGUAAUUUGCAGGGCAUAAAUAUAGAUAGCAUUUAUCUAGGAAUGUUGUAGAAAUUAGUCUAAUAAAGAUUUAUUAUUGUUACAAUGUAGGACUGGAAUACAUGAUGCAUCUUUCUAUAAAUCUAUUUCUAUCAGUUCUAAUGAAAUAGAUUAAAUAGAGCUUUACUGCAUGUCUGCAUAUAGUCC